CAGGGAACAGAGAGAGACAGAAAGACAGAAAAGGGCGACAGGGUUAUUUAUGUAUUCUGUAGAAUUUGAAAGAAGGAUAUAGGACGCUAGGACAGAGCAAGACGAAAAGAAAAAGUUACAAGAAUUCGUUUAAACACCAAGAAUAUUAGCAAGACGAUUCUUAAACACUCACUGAAAGAGGAAUUUCAAAUUCCGGUGGACACGCUUUGAAGGCGGUGGAUUCUAGGGCUCUAUCCGCUGUACAGAAUGCCUGCCCAGCACACAGCUGCACAGAGAUGUCACUGUAUUCUCAUUGAUCCACAGGACACAGCUCCACAAUGCCGCGUUCAUUCCUCGUCAAGAGCAAGAAGACUCACACUUACAACCUGCACCGGUAUGAGAAGGAUGAUCCGGUUACAUCACUGGAGCCAUCAACUGUACCUGACAGCACGGCUCUGCUGCCAUCGCCCCCAGAGGAGGACAUGCCCCCUGUCAACGGGCAAUGCCUGGAGUACCCCUACAUUAAACAAGAGGGGAGUCCCAAAGGGGGGGUGACAGUGGAAGAGCACCCCAGCGAGGGGCUCCCCCCUUACUGCAGUCCCGUGCCUCCCAUGCAUAAGCUGCCCUCCCCUCCCUACUACAAGCCCUCGUUCCCCUGGGACUCUCUGCACGCUGCCUAUGAUUUCCGCCAGCUCUCCUGCAACUUCCAGUCCAGCCUCCUGCAGAGAGCCAGCAGCCUGUAUGGAACCCGCAUGAAGGAGACCCCCGAACCCCAGCAGCCCCUGGAUUACAGCACCCACUACUCCCCCAGCUCCGACACCUACCACUGCAUCACCUGCAACAAGGUCUUCUCCACUCCUCAUGGACUGGAGGUCCAUGUGCGCCGGUCACACAGCGGCACCAGACCCUUUGGCUGCAGCAUCUGCAGGAAGACCUUCGGCCAUGCGGUCAGCCUGGAGCAGCACAUGAACGUCCACUCCCAGGAGAGGAGCUUCGAGUGUAAGAUGUGUGGGAAGACCUUCAAGCGCUCGUCCACGCUGUCCACUCACCUCCUGAUCCACUCGGACACGCGGCCCUACCCCUGCCAGUACUGCGGCAAACGCUUCCACCAGAAAUCUGACAUGAAGAAGCACACCUACAUCCACACCGGAGAGAAGCCCCACAAGUGUCAGGUGUGCGGGAAAUCAUUCAGCCAGAGCUCCAACCUGAUCACACACAGCCGCAAGCACACCGGCUUCAAGCCCUUCGGCUGCGAGCUCUGUGGGAAGGGCUUCCAGAGGAAGGUGGACCUGCGGAGGCACCACGAGAGCCAGCACGGACUCAAGUGAGCCGAGCGAGCGACCAGCAGCCCGUCCGAGCCAACCUCCAUGAUUGCCUCUAGAGAGGGCUGUUUAGAGCAUCCGAAAUCACUGACCGGCUCUUCAGAUCACAUCCGUUGUGACCUUCGAUAGGCCGAACAGAACGAGAACUUGAUGCUUCGGUGGUUAUCUGCACUGUUUACUAUGGGAUGGAAAUAAGACUCCCCUUGCAUAGCAGUUUGAUCCAUCCCUGGUUUUACUAGGAGUUUAAUAAGACACACCUAAGCUUGUUACCUAUACACCGUGGCUAAUCAAGCUCAUAGUAAAACCUGGAAUGGGUGAAACCGCUAUGCAAUAGGAACCUUAUUUCCAUAUAUAUAAAUAUCUGAGUCCAGUUCUGGAGAGGAGUCCCCUGACGCAAGCAGACUCUCCUUUUUAAGGUUAUCCCAUCGGAUUAUAAAAACGCAGUUCAGGUUUUGAUUCACUUAACUUCAUUCAACAGAUUUCAUAUGCAGACAAAGCCACCAGCACUGGCCAGCUUCAAACGAGACCAAGAAAGUUCUGAUUGAAAUAUAUUCUAAACCAAAAAAUAUGACCUAAAUAUACACAGAUAUUUGUCAAGAAGAAUAUAGGGUU